AAAAAACCUACAGUGUCCAAUAUUAAAGAAUGUUUCACAGAAUACUCCCUAGAAGAGAAAGUGGAAGCUUUGAAGAAUUUACUUAUUCAUAAUGAAAAACAUAGAGAGAAUCUUCUAUUGCACAAAAAUAUAAGGCACAAUACUAAAAAUAUAGUUGGUGUAAAAGAAUGUCUACAAGCAGAUGAAAAAACGCCAUUUCAAACUAUCAUCUCUGAAUUAAGAAAUACUGUAAUGAAUAGCUAUUGGAAUAAAGGAGUUGGUAAAACACGUGAUCAAAUUCCAAAUCUUCCAAUUGGUAUGAAUCCAUUGGAAACAACUUUUGGAAAAAAAACUCAGUCUGAAGCAACUAUGGCUGAACUACUUCAAGCAGAAUCAAGUCAAACUGAUGUUUCAAAUACAGAUGUCCUUGCAUUGUAUAAACAAUGUCAUAACAGUUAUCAGCCUGCUGAGCAAAUUAAGAGACAUUACAAGGAACCAUUCAAUGAAAAUCUUAUAUUUGGGAAAUCGAAAAGUACCAACAAUAAUGGCACACAAUUAAAAAAGCUUCUAACAUGGAUCAAUUCUGAUUCUACUACAGUAGCUAAUUCUAUUUUAGCAGAUUUUAUGGACCGUUCACAUUCUCGUGUUGGAGAAGUAAGGAAUUUCAAAAACGCAUAUCCAUACAUGUCUAUGGUACAUGGGAAAGCAAGUGAAAGAAAAGAAAUAAAUGAAAUAGAAAAUGCUUUAAAUGACUGUUAUAUAAAUAAUGAUGCAAUACUACAAAAAAAAUACUUGCAAUAUAUUAACAGUUUACGUCAAAAAUUCAAGAAGCGUACUCCAGAAAUUCCAUUUUUAGACAUUUAUGAAGAUCUAUUGUGUCUUGAUAAAAAUUAUAUAGGACUGUUACCAGAAGACAUUAUUAGUUCUACAUUAACUAAAUAUAAAAUACAUUUAAAUCAAGUACUUCUAAUACCACUGUUGGAUCUUCUUCAAAUACGCAAGGAAAAGAAUAUAAACUAUAAAGAAUUAUUAAAUCUUUUAAAUUGGAGAUAUGAUUUGCCAACAUUACCAAAAGAAGAAAGGAUACCUUUAGAAUGUCAAUACUAUAGUACUACAUAUAGAGAUACAAUAGAGAAUAUGGACAGAAUAGAUGCUACAAAUACUCCUACAGCAGGGAUUAUAUCUAGAGAUCCUGAAGAUAAAACUUCUGCUUACAGUCUCAUAUUUCCAAAUAUCUUUACAAAGCAUGGCCUAGACUAUAAAGAUCUUUCCAAACUUAGAAGUAAAGAAGAAAUACGAAGUAUUUUUGCAAAUAUUGAAGUUGAAUUUCCUAAUAACAGUUUUGAUUUGCUUUGGGAAGAAGGGCUAAAAAAAAAUGGCACAGACAAUCUAUCUGUUGAAACUUUUAGAAACUUGCUUGACGAACGCGAUUUAACAGAAAUAAAACAAAAUUAA